AUGCGUACGCAGAGAAGCUCGGAGGUGCCCAAGAAGGCCUGCGACGCGUACUUGGGCAUGUACGACGAUAGCCUCAAAGCUCUCCGGCAGAGGCGGUUGACGAAACUCAAGGCUCACGCCUCACCUAGUCGUUAUUACGGAUGGAAACCUCAGACUUGGGAUGAAGUCUCCGAGAACGCGCGGAAGGCGCGGACCACGCAAUAG